CCCCUAUGACCCAAUAACCAGCCAAUGCAAUCCACCAACGAUCUCUUAUCUUCCUUUCAAACCCACACUCUCUUAUUACCACCUAUCCCGGAGCUUUCCCAUUUUUGUCUCAACCUUUAAUGGCUUCUUCUCUCUGUCUCCCAAGCCACACUGUGGCUUCUCUACUCCCUUCCCAUACUUCCAAGUCUUCUGUUCCCAAAUGUGUCCCAAUUCUCUCCAAAUCAUCGCAGUCUCAAUUUCAUGGCCUUAACUUCUCUCACUCUUCUGCUUCUCUUUCCAUUCCUUGUGUUUCCUCCUUCAAAACUUCCAUUUCUGCCAAGGUGAAUAAAGGGUCGGUGCCUCCGUCGUUCACGUUGAAAGAUCAAGACGGGAAAAAUGUGAGCCUUUCCAAGUUUAAAGGGAAGCCUGUGGUUGUGUAUUUCUACCCUGCUGAUGAAACCCCUGGCUGCACCAAACAGGCGUGUGCUUUCAGAGAUUCUUACGAGAAGUUUAAGAAAGCAGGAGCUGAAGUUAUUGGAAUAAGUGUUGAUACCUCAGAAUCACACAAGGCCUUUGCGAAGAAGUACAGGCUUCCAUAUACAUUGCUGAGUGAUGAGGGGAACAAUGUGAGGAAAGAGUGGGGAGUUCCAUCCGAUCUGUUCGGAGCAUUGCCAGGAAGACAGACGUAUGUUAUUGACAAGAAAGGGGUGGUUCAACUCAUUUACAACAACCAGUUCCAGCCCGAGAAACAUAUCGAUGAAACCUUAAAAAUGCUUCAAAGUCUGUAAAAUCAUAUGUUUCUUCUUUUUCUUCUUUCCCUUCAUCUGCUACUCGCACAUGUGUUCUUGGUGUUAGACGAGUGUUUGUAUUGUCUAAUUCGAAGUAAUAUUUGUUCA